UGGUCAGACCCAGGUCCAACUUCCUCAGUCCUUAACCCAAUCGAGGGAGAAUUAAGGACUGGCAGUGUUAAGGUGUGUAGGGAAUUGGCUAUAGAACACGGCUUGCCUAGGCCGUGAGAAAAUCUGAGAUAGCAGAGCUACAGUGUCUUUGCCUGCUAGAGCUACAGUGUCUUUGUGCCUGCUAGUUGGCUGGUAAACAGGUCGUUGUGAUUAGCAAAACAAAAAGCAACUGAAAGCCACCUGUGUCAACAAAGGAAGGGAGUGAGAGACAGAAUUAACAUCUAAGUGUCAACAAAGGAAGGGAUUAAGAGGUGAGAUCAACAUUUAAGCAGAACCAAUAAUGAGCUUAACCUUUGCAAUAUGUAUGAGCUAAUUCUAAAGCAUAUAUUAAGCUGUUAACAAUGAUCAAUAAACGAAGCUUGCUGAUUCUCAUAUUGAGGGUCCCUUUCUUCCCUCGUUACGACGAAUCGCGCCGAGCAAGGGGCAAUAAACGAGUAUCCUGCGGAGUUUUGCACGGAACCCGCGGUCCCCGAAGCUUGAACAGGGGCUAAGUUAAAUCUGCAGCCCCAGGGGCUAAGUUAAAUCUGCGGCCACAAGGGCUAAGUUGAAUCUGCGGCCCAAGGGACUAAGUUGAAUCUGCGGUCCCCGGAACCUGAACAGGGGGUAAGUUAAAUCUGCACUCCCCGAAGCCACGGUCUAACGCAGUAGCCGGUCGGUCUUGGAGCAGCACAAGAGGCGAAAGAGCUGGACUCCGCGCCCCAGGCGACCUUACAGAAGGGUCCUGGCCGACAACACCGCCGAUGUCUUGUAAAGGGCUGCAACAGCGCGCUGAAGAUUUAUAGGUAUGGAAAGACAAGCGGUGCUUUUAUUAUUCCAGUGCUUUUUAGAAAAGCGGGGACUUAAGGGUAUAGAUUUGAAAAAAGAAUUACCAAGAUUGCUUACGACGGGGGUUGCUGAAAGUUGUCUUGUGGACCCUAAUACAGUUUUUGAUGAGAGUGGAGACGUUAUGAGGUUAAGUUGUGGGAGGUUGCCGCGGAGACGGAGCUCGGUGUAACAUGAGAGAAGUGGAGAAGCUGCCAGGCCAGCCAGACAAGACGCCUGGACAGGGAGAAAAAGUUGCUGCUUCCCUCCUUACAACUUGGCGAUUGUUAUCUGGAACAGUAAAAGACAUUAAAGCACAGUCUGAGGACAUUAGAAUGCUACUAGAUACCAUCAUACGGAGAAAUCGUGUAAAAAGGGAGUCGAGCGGAGUUGAAGGGAGCCGGAGCGGGACCACAGAUCACGGAGCGGGGCCGGGGACAACCGAGCGGCCCCGCCAACAUGAACGCGGUGCCAGCGUCUCGGCAGUGCAUAUCCAGGACGAUCGGAGACGACAGCUGCAGUGUGAAAGUACUGCUGAUAGAGCAGGGAUGAACUUUACGAACACUAUGACUGAGUUCCACCUUAAGACAUUUCCAGCUUUUCAUCUGAACGGUGCUGCGGGCCUGCGCUGCACAUUUGUGGCUGUGUUCACGGCGCUGGGUGCUUGCGCCGCCGUGCUGAGUGAAUACGGGGCGGCGCCGGGCAGCGGGGCAGUGGCGGUGGUCGCGCCGCCUGCGUGGCCCCGGCUCGGAGCGCUCCCGGCUGACACAGAGCCGGGGGACGGUGGAAUCGCCCGGAGCGGUGCUCGGCCCCGGCUCGGAGCGGUGCGCCCGUGUGCGUGCACGCCGGCGGCCCCGGGCGCGGCGGGCGGCGGGGGGGCUCUGUUUUCCCCGCACUGCUGACAGCCGUGGGCCCGGGGGUGUGCGUUCCCCUUCCCUUCUUUGCAGCGAGUGUUUUCUCCCUGGUGCCGCUCCUCUUCCUAGAGCGGCGAGUUAAUGACGGUAGCAAAAGCUUCAGAGGGUGCAGCUGGGGGAGAGGGAAAGCUGUUUCUCUUUUUCCCCGUUACACCAAUCACCCCUUCUCUGAAACGUGCCUGUUUGCAGCUGUUCUCUCCCUCUCCUACGUUUUUGUCUCUUUUUAAGCAGACCCUGUGAUUAAGUUAAGUUCCUUCUGCUGAUCUCUCUGGGUGAGCCCAGCCCCUCCUUCCCCUCCUUCGUCCUUCGGCAAUGAGGAGCGUGGGGGAGGCAAAGACGGUAAAACACGGAAAAAAGGGAAAAGAGAAAAAACAACUUAAAAUUAACAAUAUCCCAACUUAUAAAUCAAAUAAGAUUGCAUUGUUUUUACAGCAAUAGGUGUUAAGCAUGCAGUGUGCUCAUGGCAUUCUCAAACGUUUUCUUCAAAACAGGGAGACUGACGAAAAAUCCUUUGAAGUAAGAUUAGAAAUAACAGAACAUCCGUGCUUAGCUUUUUGCAUAUUACAGAAGGUUAUUAAGAACUUCCUAUAGUUUGCCAUUUCGCAUCUCUUACGUGAAAUUUGGCUGUUUCCCCCUGGGGCAGGGUGCAGGUAGAAGAUUUGGAGACUGAACGAUGAGACAGAAGGGGAUAUAGUCUUGCCCCCUGCAAAAGUAGUUUUAUUGCCUUUAUGAUAAAAUAUCGUUGCUCUAUGAGAAGAGUUGAAGAUUUCCAAGAUAAUAUUCUGUUCUUUCUUGCUGUAUUUGUCUUUUACAUGGAGAGUUAUGCGGGAUUUGCAGAUUGCUGAUGGCAGCUAUGCCAUAAAUUUCCUUUGAAUUAUGAAACUGAUAAGAAGUGCACAGCCAAUGACUACUUGAAAAUGUGUGUGUGAUUGAGGAGAAUGUCUGAGGUGGCCACCUGAAUGUUGUGUGAAAGAAAAAAGCUACAUGAAUGUGUGACUGUGUAAACUUAAAAAUACUUUCUGCCGGUGUCAAGAUUUUAGAGAUGUGUAACACGAUUCUGUUGAACCAUAGUGAAUCCUUAUCCUGAAUAUGAAUUCUUCAAAUUCCUAUCAUGAGUAGUGAGGUUUUAGUUAUCUCAAGACUAGCCCUGUCCAGCUAGCUGUUUGAUCUGAACUGAGGUUAAAUAAGAGGUUCUUACAUAAAUUUGGUGUUCUAUUUCUGCCUUGCUUCAGAAAUUUAUGAAAGUUAAAUCUCAGGUAGAGUUUUUCUACUGCUGUUGUUCCUUAGCUGUGCGAGCUGCGCAGGAGAUCACUAGUUUUAAAGCGAGUAAAAACCAUAAGCCAGCAAACAUUGGUGCAGACUGCAAGGUUGGCAGAGCCCGAGGCAGGGUGCACCACUGUGCAUCCAGGUGCCCGGGAACCAUUCUCACAAUUCAUGGAAAAGCUGCGAGACGCUGUAGAGAAACAAGUUUUGUGACAGUUACAGAAGUUGCUAGUUACAUAACUAGCUAGAGAUAAUGCAGGCUUGUGCCGGGGUGAGGUCCUUAAACCAUCAAAUAAUUGCAUUUGCAUCUGCUAUGGCAGUAGUGAGAGUCAUUUUGAGCUUUUCUGUGUUUUCCAAGAUUUAAAUCGGGAGUUGUCGAUGUUGCUGCCUUGUUUGUUCAGCUCGUUGCGGGGGAGCCUUUAGGCUGUCUAAGCCAUCCUGCGUGCUUUCUCAAAGAACAUCUGCAGUGUUGUGGAUAGUGUGUCUUCAGGCCUCCUGGCUGGAGGCCAGAGCAGACCAGUUAUGUUGAUCAGUGUGACCAGAGCUGAAGUGUUGUUUUAAAGAGUCCUUAUAUAUUGUCUUCAAAACCCCUCCCGUGCAACAGCUGGUAGCAAUAUUCGUUGUAAAACGGCUAGUCUCUGCUCCUUAAAACAUGCCCUACCCAUAGCAACUGUGUUCUCAGCAAAAUAGCCUCACUGAUUGUGAUUACUCCUUGUUUCAUAGCAGAGUAUUGCUUGCAUAAUUUGACUAGUGAAUGUUUAGGGUUGUAGGAAGGCACCUGUAUUCUUUGUGAUGCUCAAAGCUUGCUGUUAAUUGUCCAAACAAACAAACUUCUGUAGUCAUUCCAAGAGUUAGGGUUGUGAUACUAGGAGGUACUGCUCGGAGUUUUCUUUUAGAACAUACAGAUCCUGUGUGACCUAAACAAUGGCUCCUACCUACAGAACAGCUGUUGGCCCUGCAACAGCUUGUCAAAAGGCAGCUUGAUGCUGAUUACAUUGAACUAUCUCAGAAUCCUUUAAUUACCCCUGUGUUUGUGAUAAAGAAAAAAUCUGUGAAAUGAAAACCUUUGCAUGAUCUCAGACGGGUUGGUACAGUCAUGGUUAGUAAGCAUUGGCUUACUGCCCCCUUCUGUGCUUUCUGCUGAAUAACCCAUUGUUAUUAUUGAUUUGACAAGUUAUCUUCUCACAAUCCAGUUAGAUCCCAGUGAUAGAGAAAAAAUGUACAUUUUUAGUUUCAUCUAUUCUUCGUGCAGAACUUUAUGAGUGUUAUCCAUAGAAAACCCUCUCCCAUAGAAUGAAAGGCUUUUCUAUAAUUUGUCAGUGGUUUAUGUUUCCAAUGCAAUUUUCUGACUGUCUUUGUUGUCAUUAUAUAGAUGACAUUUCUGCUGGCUGUAGCCACUGAGGAUCAGCUGGGUGUGUUGGACGCUGAAACCAGAAAUGGUCUACAAUUCUUUGGCCUAGUAGUUACUUCUGACACGGUGCAGUGAAAAGUACCCUGGAAAUAUUUAGAGUUCACGUACACAAAAAGCAGUCAUUUCUCAACCAGUUUAAUUGGGUAUUAAUGCUAAAACUCUUACUGACAUACAGUAGCUACUAAAGUCUUUGGGUUAGAUUGCAUCGUACCUGCAAUUGCCAAACACCCAGCUGGCACCUCUAUUUGACCUGCUCAAACAUUCUGACAAUUUUCAAGGGCAACAGUUGCAGGAGUGAGUAGUCUUACUCUGGCAAAAGAUCCCCAAGAGUUAGAUUUAAUGAGAUCACUGUCUGUACGUAACACAAGUGAUAAUGGAACUCAAACCUGUUUAAUGUUGGGAUUAUUUCAAUCUAGAUUAAGUGUUUAUCAAAGCCACAACUUGUCCAGCUGGCACAAACUGCCUAGCCUGUACACAAAAGAACUGUAGAGCCUGGGUGAAACAGUAGAACACACAAAGAAAGUAACAGUAACAACUAGUCCUAUAGACUCGUAGCUUCAAUCUCUUUUUAGUUCUAUGUCUGAAUGAGUUUUAAGUUUUGUUAAAGAAAAACCUACGAUAGUUGUUGACAAUUGUUGUAAUUUUAGUAAUAGUUCGUAUUGCUUUUUCUUGUAUUGUUAAACGUGUAAGUGCUAUAACAGAGAAAACAUUGUUGGCCCAGAAUAAAAAA